AUGAGUUGCCCAAAUUUUCAUAUUGCUCCGCGAAUUGGCUGUAGCUUGAAGUCCAGCCAGCCAAUCGGAGUCAGGAACGACCAUUUACUUUGCUACCGUCCGGUUGACUCUCUUCAUCUAUCAUCCAUCUAUCUAUCUAUCUAUCAUCUAUCUAUCUAUCUAUCACACAUUUUUACUUUCACAAUAAUUUUCUCACACCAUGUCCCUCUCUGUGCAAUUUCCUAUCUAUCUAUCUAUCUAUCUAUCUAUCUAUCUAUCUAUCUAUCUAUCUAUCUAUCUAAGUCUGUUCAUAUCUAUCUAUCUAUCUAUCUAUCUAUCUAUCUAUCUAUCUAUCUAUCACACAUUUUUACUUUCACAAUAAUUUUCUCACACCAUGUCCCUCUCUGUGCAAUUUCCUAUCUAUCUAUCUAUCUAUCUAUCUAUCUAUCUAUCUAUCUAUCUAUCUAUCUAUCUAUCUAUCACACGUUUUUACUUUCACAAUAUAAUCUUUCCCACACCAUGUCCCUCUCUGUGCAAUUUCUAUCAUCUAUCUAUCUAUCUAUCUCUAUCUAUCAUCUAUCUAUCUAUCUAUUCAUUACUAUCUAUCUAUAUACACUUAAUCUCCUCUCUGCCAUUUCCGAUCUAUCAUUCAUCUAUCUAUCUAUCUAUCUAUCUAUCUAUCUAUCUAUCUAUCUAUGUUUUCGAAUGCCAAUUUUCCCCAUGUCUGAAGAGAAGAAAUAUAUUUUUCCUCUAUCUAGCUCAGAAGGUCUGUGCCUGGUGUUGAACAUAUUUCUUCUGUUAUUUGAAGUUAAGCUCAACUCCAAGUUCCCAGAUUUGGGGAGAGGGCAUGCUGUUUUUUUUCUGCAUAAGAAGUGCAGCAAGCAUCAAUGCGAGGGCGUCAUCUGGAUGUCGCAUCUGCCUUUUCCUCCCCGCCGUGCUCGGAAACAGGAUGUGCUUCCUUUGUCCCAGAUCCUAGCCAAGGACAGGGAGCAGUGUUGUGCUCCUCAGAACACAAGAGUGUUUAUCUAUCUAUCUAUCUAUCUAUCUAUCUAUCUAUCUAUCUGUUUGUUAAUUACCUUUUUAUCUCAGUUUUUUCAUAUCUAUCUAUCUAUCUAUCUAUCUAUCUAUCUAUCUCAGAUUUCAUAUCUAUCUAUCUAUCUAUCUAUCUAUCUAUCCCAGAUUUCAUAUCUAUCUAUCUAUCUAUCUAUCUAUCUUCUAUCUAUCUAUCUAUCUAUCUAUCUGUUUGUUAAUUACCUUUUUAUCUCAGUUUGUUUAUAUGUAUCUAUCUAUCUGUCUAUCUCAGAUUUCAUAUCUAUCUAUCUAUCUAUCUAUCUAUCUAUCUAUCUAUCUAUCUAUCUAUCUAUGCUUAUGGCAUUCACCGAACCUAGUUCAUUAUCUAAUCUAUCGAACCUAGUUCAUCUAUCUAUCUAUCUAUCUAUCUAUCUCUAUCUAUCUCAGUCUGUUUAUAUCUAUCUAUCUAUCUAUCUAUCUAUCUAUCUAUCUAUCUAUCUAUGCCUACGGCAUGUCUGUCUGUUCGUAUUUAGCUAUGUGGUUACAGCCACAUGA